CCACGUCUCAUAUACUGCCCAUUCAAUCACUCUGCCAUCCAAUACCAUCAUUUCACUCGCUCUGCCACAAGAGGCGCUGUGUUUAAAUGUCGCCGCGGCAUCUUGUCACUCACUUCCUGCUCCGGCUUGGACUGGCAGAAACGACAGAAACACCGCUCAAUAAACUCAUCAAAUCACAACUGAAAAUUGCCAAACUCAAUGGUCAGGUUUUUUUCCCCCUCCCAAAAUCAAUGAUUCCUCUACUCCAGAGGUGGCGAGCUAUAUCUGAACCUACAGACCUGGUAGGAUUGUUUUUUUUCCCCUCCUCCCUUCUCCUCCUAAGUUGGAUUAUGAACUUUUAAAACAAAAGGAAUAAACAUUUGCGUUUCGUUUUGCAUCUCCAAACAAAGGAAUGAACAUUUGCGUUUGCGUUUGCGUCUCCACAAGCAUUGAACUUUUUGCGUUUGCGUUCCCAAGGAAACUUUUAAAAAAAAAAGGAUUUCGAAGUAAAAAACUGAGAGAAACCAAGGAUUUGCGUUCAGACAAAAGAACAAAGCAAAGGACAUUUAAAAAGAAGUCUUAUUUGUGUUAUUGUGUGGUCUUUUGCCACAAUUUUUGUUAUUCAUUGUACAAUAUUAAUAUAAUUAUCUUUAAAUCAGAUCUAUUUGUGUUGUUUUCUGUCAUCUAUCACAAGCUCCUCCUCAAAUCUGGUUCUUCUGUUUACAUUACAUCCAUUGCACAUCUCACUAGUCUUAACACAUAAAAUAAAAUAAUAAAGUGUUACAUUUGGCGAGCUAGCCAGGAGCUUGUGUUGAUUGACAGUAUUACAGUUUAACGUUUUGGGGAAAAACUGCAAUUAUGGAAUUUUUUGAGAAGUCGGGGGUUAAUGUCAAUAAUUCUGUGAGUGUUUCUGGUAUUACACAUUCAUCAAAAGAUAAUGAAAUACUAGAUAUUCUGAAAAAGUAUGGUAAAUACAAAAUAAUAGAAGUAACUGACAUAACUCACCCCCUUGCUAAAAACCUGGUCAUUGAGUUUAAGAGUAGUUCUGCUAUGGCAGAAUUAAAGAAAAUACUCCCAUAUACACACACUUCUGAAAGUGAUCCAAAUCACACGUAUUAUGUUACAACGAUUGAAAACACAGCAACAACUGAAACCCCACCCCUCAACUACAUGGAUGAAAUCAAACAGCUUGCACGACGGAGUGGACAAAAAUUUGAAAUUGUGCUUCAAGAUCUCAUGUCACAAAUAAGUGAGCACUUGGAUACUGCAACUGGUGGAGAGGAAAUUGCACAAAGAGUGGAACCUGAACCUCCCUUGCCUGGCCAGCAGGGGGAGUUUAAACAUCAAAUUCCACUCAGACUUUCUGAAGCAGACAUAAAUCCACCUCAAAUUCAAAAAAUGGUUGUGGAGCAUGUAUUAAAAACUGAAGAAUGUGCAUCACUCUCUAUGCCCACCUUAAAACUCCGCUCUUUCUCAGGCAAGAUACCAAAACCCCCACAUGAAAGUGAUUAUGAAACAUGGAGAGCACAUGUAGAACUGUUACUGGCGGAUGUGAAUCUACCUCCACUUCAUGUUACCCGGAAAAUUUUGGAGAGCCUCUUAUCCCCAGCAGCCGACGUUGUCAAAGGGUUGAAACCUGAUGCCCUGCCUUCACUCUAUCUGCGAAUAUUGGAUUCAGCAUAUUCCACAGUGCAGGAUGGGGAGGAAUUAUUCGCACAGUUUUUGAAUACUCUGCAAGAUCCUGGAGAAAAACCUUCCAGCUAUCUGCAGCGGUUGCUGUUAACUUUGAAUACAGUUGUCCAGCGUGGUGGUGUCACAGCAGCUGAUGUUGACAAAUAUUUAUUGAAACAGUUCUGUAGAGGGUGCUGGGACAAUGGCAUUAUCAAUAAGCUGCAGCUGGAACAAAAGAAAGAACGACCACCACCUUUCUCUGAACUGCUUUAUCUGUUGAGAACCGAAGAGGAUAGGCAGUCAACAAAAGAAGGUCUGAUGAAAAAACACAUUGGUUCCAAGCAGCGUGCCACCCUUCUCUCUCAAGGUGCUUGUCCCUACAGCCAUAGUAACGAUCCAGAUACUAUCUCUCUCACACAACUCAAGAAACAAAUGGACAUGUUGCAAAAGCAGAUGGCAACACUUCUUGCUCAAACAAAUCAGAAAUCCAAAAAUACUUACGGCAAAGAAUACAAUACACUUGGAAAAACUCAAAAUACAAACAGCCGUCCAAGACCUGGAUUCUGUUAUAAGUGUGGUGAGGAUGGACACAUUGUUUCAAAUUGCAACAAACCCCCUAAUCCAGCACUUGUACAGCAAAAGAAAGCUAAGUUGGCUCAAAAACAGGCACAAUGGGAUCAAAAUAAUAAACAGAAAUUGUUAAACUAAACUCAGUCUCUCCUGUGGGGCAAGCAGAGGCUGCUUUCACAAAGUGUCCCAAUUUUGGAACUCAGAAACAUUUCAUAUCCCUGCCACGAGGGCUUGUUGGAACAAAAUGUACAGCUCGUGUCACUAUCAAAAAUACUCCAUUUAACUGUCUACUGGAUACAGGAUCACAGGUCACCACAAUACCAGAGUCUAUCUACAAUACAUUUUUAUCAGAGCACACACUCAGACCUCUGGAUGAACUCCUUGAAGUGGAGGGAGCUAAUGGCUCAUCAGUCCCUUAUCUGGGCUAUAUUAACUUGGACAUUACCUUUCCGCCAGAUUUCCUGGGCACGCCCAUUGACAUUUCCACUUUAGCUUUGGUGGUGCCAGAUCUUAAACCCUCUCAUCAGUCCCUUGUUCUCAUUGGAACUAACACUUUGGACAUUGUCUAUGCUGUCCAUAGCCAACAAAGUCCUGGUUUUCGACCUGUUCCUUUUGGUUACCGCACUGUACUCAAUAUUUUAGAACAAAGACACAAAUCCAAUCAGAAAGAACAUCAUGGACUGGUGAAACUUCAUAGCCACACUGCACAAACGGUACCUGCCGGGCAGACCAUGGUGUUAGAAGGCAUUGCUGUGUCACACUUAAUCACUAAUGAAAAAGCAGUAAUGAUUGAACACCCUACAUCCUUUUACUUACCUGGUGGUCUAAUGAUCCAGACUUGUCUUGUUGAUUUUCCAACCCAGCAGCACCCCGU